GACGUCAUCGACGGCAACAUGACUGAGUGCUACUCUGGCGAGUGGAAGAAUGAUAAGAGAUGCGGCUACGGAAUUUGCUCGCGCUCGGACGGUCUGAAGUACAUAGGUGAAUGGUUCAACAACAAGAAGAACGGCUACGGGCAGACCAUUUUCCCAGAGGGGUCAGUUGAGGAGGGCAAGUACAAGAACAACAUUCUCGUUGCUGGUGAGUUCUUCAAAAGUUCGAUCUUCGCCAUGAGAGCAGGUAGGCUGAGGGAGCAGAUUGAUUCAGCAGUCAGUGAAGCCGCGAAAGCAUCCCAGAUCGCCAUACAAAAAACAGAAGUUGCUAUGAAUAGG